GGAAGAAUGUCUGGAAAGGGAUUGAAGUGAAUUUGAAAUUAAAUGAAUUUGAAAUUCAUCAUCUCUGGGGUUUUCCUCUAAAACAACUUGCAGGCUGCACUUGCAGUUAUGUGCUGUAGGUAUUUUCAAGCUGUUGUAUUGAGGAAAAAUAGUGUUGAGCUGGUCUGCUGCAAAUGAAUGUUUGAAUGGUAAAGGAGUGCAUCCCACGAGUUUAAGCACUGAUUAACAGGUUUUUGCAGUCAGGUUUGUUGUGUCUUUCAGGUCCCUUCAUUUUAGUAUCUCUGCAGAGCUCCAGCACAGCUUCAGACGGAAGCUCUGACCUGGUAGCUGCUGUAUCAUUUCAUGACUCCUGGCUCUGAGUUAUGUGUAUGAGAAGGUGUUGUUUUGUAAAUGUUAUUUAUUAGUGAAAUUUUCCAAGUCUGCCGCUUGCACUGCAGGCCUUAUCAGCAUCUGAGAAACUUGGUGAAAAUACUGAGUCAUCCUACCUUUUCCUAAUAUAACGAAGUGCUGAUGUAACUUCCUACUCUGUGAGAGCAGUGCUAAGUGCUGAUAGUGUUCCACUUAGGGCUGGAUUGCUUUCUCAGGCUCUUCAGAAUGCAGAGCACUUUCUGAAGGAAGCGUUUGAUCCUGGAUAGUCUGAUGCCUUCAAUUAAGCUGCAGAGUUCAGAUGGAGAGAUUUUUGAAGUCGAUGUUGAAAUUGCAAAACAGUCCGUGACCAUAAAGACGAUGCUGGAAGACUUGGGAAUGGAUGAUGAAGGCGAUGAUGACCCAGUCCCUCUUCCAAACGUCAACGCAGCUAUUUUAAAAAAGGUGAUUCAGUGGUGCACCCAUCACAAAGAUGAUCCACCUCCUCCCGAGGAUGAUGAGAACAAGGAGAAAAGAACGGAUGACAUCCCUGUGUGGGAUCAAGAAUUUCUGAAAGUAGACCAAGGAACACUUUUUGAGCUCAUCCUGGCUGCAAAUUACUUGGACAUCAAAGGUUUGCUUGAUGUCACAUGCAAGACAGUUGCCAACAUGAUCAAGGGGAAAACUCCAGAAGAAAUUCGCAAGACAUUCAAUAUUAAGAAUGACUUCACUGAAGAGGAAGAAGCACAGGUACGUAAGGAGAACCAGUGGUGUGAAGAGAAGUGAAGCUGUGCCUGACACUCGAACACUGUAAGGAUUGUUCCGAAUACUAGUUGCACUGCUCUGUUCAUAAUUGUUAAUAUUAGACAAAUGCAGCAGCAAAUGAAGUUGUGUUAGCAAGAUAUUGUUCCCUUUGCAUGUGUAGUGUUGGUUUUUUUUGAGGAUAAAUUUAAAUCUGCGUUUUUACUAGUGUAAUGGGGUGUCUUUUUACUUUACUCUGCAAUGAAUAAAGCUGAACCAAGUGUGGAUCCUGAAUGGAAAGUAGCACUUAAGGUUGUCGUUUUCGUUAUACUUUUUUAUCUGUUCCCAGUCCAGUUACAAUCUUAAGUGUUGACUCCACCAUUGUAAAUAAAACCACCUUUGCUUUCUUCCUCAGGAAGAACAAAACACUUAUUUACAGGGUAUUGAUGGCUUCAGAAAGGAAAAUCAAAUGUGUCUUGGGGAGCUACAUGAAGUUUAAAAAAAAAAAAUAAAAAAAAAUUGUUGGAUUUCUUACAGAGACAUUUGGAAAAAUUGGUGUUAUUACAGCUGUACAACUCUAGGGAAGGUUCUUGUUCUGCAUUAAAAAAAAAUCUGUCCACUUCCUUGUCCUGUUGGCCCUGCCUGAUAGGCCAGUGAGUAGUGAAGAUGUGAGCCAGGGCUUAGCAAGCUUCAGACAGCAAACUUGGCAGAGUUCUGCCAUGUCCUGAAGCCGUGCCUCUGGCUGCCAGCAGGUGGGACGUGUGCUGCUUUCUGCACAGGACAGGUGUGUUUUUAUACUUUUUUUUGGCAAAAGUGGAACCCAGGUUUGACCAAAAACGACUGACAUUACCAAAGUUACUAUUCUUGACCUGUGCAUGCCAUUAGUGGCUGUUUUUUAGGCAAUUUUAAACUACCCUUGUGAUGUAGCUCUUUAAAACAUGGAUUUCAUGUAUCCACGGGAGAUCUUUUUGCCUAUGUAUGUGAAACUUCUGCUUGUAGAGACUUCUUAUUGCAUACAAAGCUAAUGCAAUAUUGAGCUUGACUUCUUUGGACAAAGCCACUUGCAACUAGUUAAACAGUAACUGGUUUCCUGAUUUUUAUUUUAAUUUUUUUUUUACAGUUCCCUUAUAGGGAGUAGGGGGUGGUUUUGUGGUAGAUCUGAGGUGUGCUCUUAGCUUGUAUUGCAUUCCAUUCUCUGUAUAAAUCUUAGAGUAGAAUGAACCUUAAUAAACAUACUUAUCUCACUUUAAA